CUUCCGAUGGAGGCGUUAUCCUUGUUUCCGAUUUCUUUUCGCGUUUUUGCCCAAACUACACAAACCAAAACGAUCGAAAGCAAAAUUAGAGAGAGAGAGAGAGAGAGAGAGGUGAGAGGACGGAGAUGAAGAAGUGUGAGCUGUGCGAUGGGGUGGCGAGGAUGUACUGCGACUCGGACGAAGCGCAUCUGUGCGGGGGCUGCGACGCGAAGGUGCACGGCGCCAACUUCCUCGUGGCGCGCCACACGCGCGCGCUCCUCUGCCGCACGUGCCAGUCGCCGACGCCGUGGCGCGCGGCGGGGGCGCGCCUCGGCCCCGCGGUGUCCGUGUGCGAGCGGUGCCUCAUAAGAGGCAGAGGCGGUGGGGGAGGCGGAGGAGGAGGGGGCGAGGAGGGAGCGGAGGAGAGAGGAGGCGAGGUCGAGGAAGCGGCGGAGGAGGUGACGGAGGAGGAGGGGGAAAACCAGGUGGUGCCGUGGGCGCUCACGCCGCCGCCGCCGCCGCUGACGGAGGAGACGAGCUCGUCCUCGAUCAGCGACGCGGGUGGGGAGGGGGACGAGGAGAGCACUCGGAUUUGUAAUCAUAGGUCGACGAACAAACGGAUGAGGCAUUGCUCAGAUCUCGAUUCGCAGGACGAUCUUCUCCCCUCGUCCUCAUCAUCGCACCGUUCUCCGCCGUUGAUCUCGGGUGAAUCUACAGCGGAGGACGAGGCCACGUCACUCGCCGACCCCCUUCUCCGGCGACGACCCUCAAAACACCGUGAGAGGACGACGACCCCGGAUCAACCCGGCUCUAAGCCGAUCUCCACCGUUAACGUCGCCCAAAGCGUUGUGUACUGUCGAGAAAUCUCAGCCGUUGAUUUUGCGUCCUCCCGCUCUCAACACCCUCCGAUCUAAAUGAGGUUGGGGUUGCUGGUAUCAUCAAUAACUGCAGAGAGAAAUACUCAGCUUGGUUUUUUAUUAGAUUCUUAAUCAGAGUCAUCAUUAGGAUAUAUCUCUAUAUGCAUACACCUGACAGAGAAAAUAUUGAUACCAUUUUAUGGAGCAGCUAACCAUAGUAAUACAACCAUUUCUGUGUUUAAUGUAAGAAUAUUCACAAACCUAUUGAUUUUGUUUGUCUGAAUGUGUCAGUCUUCUUGUAUGAAAGAGAUCCUCAGUGUAGAGAAUGUAAUCAGUACCUGUAAUGAAACUUUUAUUUUUCCUUUAUCCCUCAAAUUUCAAUACUUUUAUUUUUUU